AUGGUCUUCUACUUCACCUCCAACGUCGUUGAACCCUCGGCGUUUGUCUACGUCGGAAAGGACAAGUUCGAGAGCAACAAGAAGGACAACAUCACCAUAAUAUACACCCCGUGGUCUAACCUGAAGAAGGAUGGCAGCAUGGCCGUCGGCCAAGUGAGCUUCAAGGACAACAGGAAAGUCAAGAAGAUACUCGUCCCCCAACGGGAAAACCCCAUCGUCAACCGGCUCAACAAGACCAAGGUUGAACAGUACCCCGACCUGAAGCAGGAGAAAGACGACCACCUGCGGGAGCUGCGAAAGAAGGACCAGGCCGCACAGCUGGCGCGGGCGAGUCUUCCCGAUUUCCACUCAUCCUCUUGCCAUACCCGCUAA